AACGAGCGCGAAGCACGCUACUCGCAGGCGAAGCUCGAGCUGUACGGUCUUUUUCGCACUCUCAACGCCGUCAAACUCUGGAUUGUCGGCUUGCCUACAUUCACCGUCGAGGUCGAUGCGCGCUACAUCAAAGGGAUGAUCAACAACCCAGACGUGCAUCCGAACGCCGCCAUGAACCGCUGGGUAGCCGCGAUACUCACCUUCGACUUCGACAUCAUACAUGUUCCUGCAGCGAAGCACGGCGCGGCGGACGGUCUUUCACGGCGC